AUGACGUCCCCUGAGCAUUUUCUUGGGACAUUUCAGGAAUUUUCAAGUGGGAUCUUAACGGGAUCUUUAAGAAUAAUAUAUUUUAUUGGUAAACCAGUGAGAGCAGAAAUCGAAGAGACAGAUGACCUGAGGGAAGAAGUAGCUGCCAAUGAAGCCGUCGAUGAAGCCAUCCAUGAAGCAGGAAAUGUGGAAAUCGACCGAGAUGUCGUAGACGGUUUGCAGGAGCGCAUUGAUGAACAAGGUGAAGAAGAAGAGGUUCCAUUGGAACGCAUGGAUCACCAAGAAUUUGGUGAUGGACAAGCCAGAAUGGCGCUGAUAGAGAUGAUCGAAGAACAGCGGAUGCGUAUCGCAGACAUGGAAUUGCAGCUGGAGGAGCGGAAACGCGAGAUCACUGAGUACUUGGAGGUGAUCAGAAAUUUGGAAGGUACAGUUGGUCCACUGUGCGCAACGAUGGAGGGCUUGGAAGUGAGAAUUCAAGUUCUUGUGAAUGCGCCCAUGCUGAUGACGGGUCUGGCGGUAUUUACCAAGACGACGAUGGAUGCGAUGAGAGAGCCUCACGAGCGAUAUGGAACCAAACCCGAAUUUAUUCAAUUCGUAACCAGGGAGUCUAAUGGCCAUGUAUCGAUGCCAGUGGGUACGAUCAUCGAAGUCGAUGAGUAUAUUAAUGUAAUUAACUCUGAUAGUAAUGCGACGAUCCUUCGCGGGAUGACCGGUCGUCAAGUUCAGGGAUGGCGCGAGUUCCCCAUCCUAAUGGUAUCGCUACACACUUUCACGUAA